AUGGAGAGAAAAACUACACAGUCAUAUGAUGUAGCUCUUCAAUUCAUCAAACAAAAUUUACUUCCAGACUUUAGGCCAACUGUUAUUGUGACAGAUUUUGAAACCGCUUUAAUGGAAAUGCUUAUAAGGCAUUUUCCAACUGCUACUUCUCAUGGUUGCUGGUUCCAUAUCAACCAAGCAGUAUGGCGAAAGAUGAAAAAGCUUGGUUAUUUGCACUUAGUAAAUAACAAUGAAUUUGCAUUAAAGUCGCUCAAAAUGCUUAUGGUUCUACCGUUACUUCCUGCACGGAGAAUUGAAGAAGGCUUUAUUGAAAUUAAACAAUAUGCAGUUAUUCAUGGUGUUAAUUUACGCAGAUUAUUUAAUUAUUACGAACGAUUUUGGCUGCGCAAAAUAGGACCCCAAUUGAUAUCUGUAUACAAAAAAAAAUUUAGGACCAACAACAACAUUGAGUCAUUCCAUAACAAAUUAAGACAAACAUUUCAGACCUCUCACCCAAAUAUUUGGGCAUUUUUAAGUAACAUUUGCAAACUUAGUGACUCAUAUUUAAUAAAAAUAAAUCAAAUUGAUAAUGGUUUGGAUGUCACGCGUAAUACCCGUUCAAAAUAUUUGGCCAACGAUUUACGCAUUAAAACUGCAAGUCGUCAACUUCGGCAAGGCUUGAUAACCAUUAAAAUGUUUCUCUUAAAAUGCUCUUAUAGUGUAGCCAGUUAUGAGGAGAGGAUGCGUGCAAUUGAUCUUAAUAUUAAUGAAGAAGAUGUACCUGAAAAUGUUUUGUUGCCAGAAGGUCAGGGUAAUCAAAAUGAUGAAGAACUUGCCUUUGAAGAUGGUAUGUGA